AAUAAUUUAUAUUAAAUUGAUGGCCGAACUAAAAAAGAGAGAAAGAAGUUCAAAUUUCUCCAAUAAAGAAAUUGAAAUAUUAACUUUAAUAGUACAGGAUUUUUAAAAUAUAAUAGAAGGUAAAAAAACAGAUGCUACAAUUUGACGAGAAAAAGAUGCUGCAUGGGAAAAUGUAGCUAAAGCAUUUAAUUCUAGUUCUGGUGAAGUCUUUCGAUCAAAAAAAACUUUAAAAGCAAAGUAUAAAGAUAUAAAAAAAAUAUUAAAAAGAAAUUAGCUCAUAAUAGAAUGGAACAAUUUAAAACUGGCGGAGAUAAACCAGAAAUUCGACCUUCAACUGGUAUUGAAAAAACAAUUCUUGCAAUUCUGCCAUCAUCUACAGAAGGUCUACCAUCUGUAUGGAAUAGUGAUCAAUCAUCAGGAUUUUUAGCAGAAACCUACAAAGAAAAUGCAAACCUACAUAGAGAAAUGCAUACAGAACAUUUUACAGACACUACAAACACAAAUGACACAAAUACAAAUGAUACUAUAAAUACUAUAAAUACAGAUGACACUAUAUACAUUAAUAUGGAAAUGGUAUGUAUGUUGUAAAUAUAUAGAUACGCAUUUUAAUGUAGAAAUAAAAUAACUAAUAACACUUUUUAACAGAAUAAUUUUAUAAGAUCAUUUAACAAAAAAACAGAUGAAGAAUUCUUAAUAAAUGAUGAAAACAAUGAAGAGAACAAUGAAGAAAGUAAAAUGCCUGAAAA